GUAUCGAUAUCAGCGAUGCUGGAUGUGUGUAUAUCUGGUAUUGGAUCAACGAGACGGUGGCGCGUCAAGAGGGAGACGAAUGAGUACAGUGCGGAGGAAUACGUUCAAACGUGGAGGAGCCAUCAGACUUGCGUCCCCGCCUCCAAGCAAGCGGCCCGCUCGCUCGCUCGCUCAUACGCGCAUACGCUCAUUUGCAUUUGCUCUCCGCCAGACAGCCAACCUCACGCAAGUGCACCUCAACCACCCAUGGCUGAACAACUAACAGAGGAGCAGAUUGCCGAGUUCAAGGAGGCCUUCUCCCUGUUCGACAAGGACGGAGACGGAACCAUCACCACAAAGGAGCUGGGCACGGUCAUGAGGUCGCUAGGGCAGAACCCCACAGAGGCCGAACUCCAGGACAUGAUCAACGAGGUGGAUGCCGACGGCAACGGGACGAUCGACUUUCCCGAGUUCUUGACGAUGAUGGCCAGGAAGAUGAAGGACACCGACAGCGAGGAGGAGAUCAGGGAGGCAUUCAGGGUCUUUGACAAGGACGGCAACGGCUACAUCAGUGCGGCGGAGCUGCGUCACGUGAUGACCAAUCUGGGCGAAAAGCUGACAGACGAGGAAGUGGACGAGAUGAUUCGAGAAGCUGACACGGACGGAGACGGCCAGGUCAACUACGAUGAAUUUGUUCAGAUGAUGACUACCAGAUGAAGCGCAAUCGCUCACUUGCCUCUUGCAAAAAUCGACUUGUACUCAAACACUUCAGAUUAAGCAUUUUGCCAAUGAAUGUUGGCACACGUCCAUAUUUAACCGGCUCUAAAAACGAAAGCAAUGCAUUGUACUUCCGCCUGCCUUUCUUCACCCCUCCUGUUGAUUUUCUUUGUCGUCUUGGUGACCGAGGCUUUCCAAACCCUAGUGGCCGGAAGGAGGACUUGGGCCACAUGCACAUGAGUCAUGUUGGAAAAGGAAUUGGGGUGUAGCUCUUUACCUUACCUGAUGCUUUUCCAAGUGUGGCCGAGGUGUCAGUUGUUGUGUUGCGGGGAGUCCAUCUGUCAUAAUCACUAAAGCAUGUGGGCGGGAAACUUUCUCAUUUGGGUUCACUUUUCAAGGGGAGCGAGGCAGUCGUGGGGUUUCCAUCCAAAUGUUUUGAAUCUUUUUCAUGAAAUCAUUCUAGAUACAAAAUAUACAAAAUACAUUCGACUUAUUCCCAUUCGGGAGGAGAGGAGUCCCGGCCAUAAGAUGACAUCAUAUGAGCGGACUGUCGGCUGCCUGUCAGUCUAAUUGAUGAGGGGCUUUUCAUUUGUAGUCUUUCCAUUUAUGUUGAAAAUUCAAAUAAAAAUCGUGCUCUAUUUCUAUCUUAAGGUGGAUGAGUAUGAAUGUAUGCUCGUGCGUAUGUAUUUGCCCAGUCCAACUGUUCUGUUUCAUUCAGUUGAUCUGCAUUCCAAGUUGUACAUCCAAGACUUUACAUUGUUUUUCCAAUAAAAUACAAUGAACUGAACGCUA